GGAAACGGAAACAAACAGAAAAUACAGCAAUUUUUCACCAUUUCAAGUCGGGCUCGGUACAAGAGCUCAACCUCAUCAACGAUUAAAGACCAAUUAGAGUGGAUUCUGAGUUCUUGAAAACGAGAGAGCGAGUGUUGGCCCUCACAGUUGUUUUCAAGAGUUUCUCGCCGUGAUCUUUAUAUGAGGAUCGCGACGGGAGGAGAGACGCGGGGCUGACAGACAGAGAGAGAGAGAGAGAGAGAGGCAGGUGGAGAUCAUUGUGUCUUCUUGGAUCUGUGCUCUUCAUCGCAACUGAGAUCUCAUUGUCUGGUCCUCUGGUCCACAACAGGGAUAUAAACUGCAUCAGGAGGCAUUUUCCACUGCUUUGAACCUUACCACAUAGGUGCCCGUCAGGCUGAAUCAUGGAGGCCAUUGCCAAGUAUGAUUUCAAAGCAACUGCAGAUGAUGAGCUGAGUUUUAAACGUGGGGAAGUACUGAAGGUAUUAAAUGAAGAAUGUGAUCAGAACUGGUAUAAGGCAGAACUAAAUGGCAAAGACGGUUUCAUUCCUAAAAACUACAUUGAGAUGAAGGCGCAUCCGUGGUUCUUUGGGAGAAUCCCCAGGGCCAGAGCGGAGGAGAUCCUAAACAAACAGAGGCACGACGGAGCCUUCCUCAUUAGAGAGAGCGAGAGCGCACCUGGAGACUUCUCCCUGUCCGUCAAGUUUGGCAAUGAUGUACAGCACUUCAAAGUGCUGCGUGAUGGGGCUGGAAAGUACUUCCUGUGGGUCGUGAAGUUUAACUCUCUCAACGAGCUGGUGGACUAUCACCGCACCACUUCCGUUUCCCGAAACCAACAGAUCUUUCUACGAGACAUCGAGCAGGUGCCUCAGCAUCCAACAUACGUGCAGGCCCUGUUCGACUUCGACCCUCAGGAGGACGGAGAGCUUGGCUUCAGACGCGGAGACUUCAUUCAGGUCCUGGACAACUCUGACCCCAACUGGUGGAAGGGCGCCUGUCACAGCCAGACGGGCAUGUUCCCACGCAACUAUGUCACGCCUGUCAAUCGGAACAUGUAAAGAAAAACCAAGCGAUUAGUGAAUAAAUUGUAAUUAACGGCCCCUCACAUUCACAUACAAUCAGACUACCCUACAUCUCCCCAUCAACACCCUUAAACUCCUGUGAGAAUUAAAGCGGCACAGAGGAAUGGAAACCGUGACCGAAAACAAGGAGAGAAAAAAAAACGUAGCGGAGAGGCUGGAGGUUUCCACCUCUGCCGUGGUGCCCGGGCGAAACUAUUAUUCCUGAGAAUCGCGAUGUCUUCAUGAACGCUUGCAGUCCAGACUGAGCUGUUAGGGCGAAGGAAAGGCUGAAUCCUAGCAUAGUAAACCACACAUAAAUUAAAACAACAAUGAUUCUGUCUGUAGAUUCAUCCUGCUGCUUCUGGCUUCUUUUCUAGCAAUUAGAAUUGUUUUUGUUACAUUUUUGUUUUGUUUUGUUCUUUUUGUUUUGGCUGCAUGUUUAAAUCUCUUUAUAAUAGUAAAUCCUGACGCUGUUUUUAAAAAGGAAAAAAAUAUAUAUAAAAAUGUAAGCGUAAGAAAUUGCAAACGCAUUGUACAUCUGGGCUGUGGAAAAAAAAAACACCUAUAGAGAGAAUCCAUUUUUUUAAGAAUAUAUAUA